AGAAGUGAAGAUGGCGGCGGCGGUGCUGGCGGCGGCGGCGGCGGCUUCUUGCCAGUGACGCGCGGUGCGGGCUCAUCUCCCUCCCCACCUCCUUAUUCCGGACCCCGUCCGCCGCCGGGACCACACCAGCCCCGCAGCCCGCAGCCCGCCUCGCUCCUCCCUCCCCAGUCGGCCCUUCUCCCGACGCCCGGCUGCCGCUGGCGGCGGCGCGCCCCGGGUCCCGGCCUCGCACUCUUGCGCGCUGUCGCCGGGGGAGCCGGUGGCGUGUUGAUCCGCCCUCCUGCCCGGACCGCCGCGCCGCGGACACACGCUCGGCAGGGAGGCGGCAGCGGCCCCUGCGCAUUUGCUUCUCUCCUUUUGGGGACUGGGAGGUGGCGGCGGCGGCGGCUGUGGGUUUUGGGGAGGGGAAGGGAUCCGGGGGGUGCAUAGCGGGAGGGGGCAGUCCUCCGGAGGAGGACGAGAAGGAAGCACCAUGACGUCCAUCCAUUUCGUGGUUCACCCGCUGCCGGGCACCGAGGACCAGCUCAAUGACAGGUUACGGGAAGUUUCAGAGAAAUUGAACAAAUAUAAUUUAAACAGCCAUCCCCCUUUGAAUGUAUUGGAACAGGCGACUAUAAAACAAUGUGUGGUGGGACCAAAUCAUGCUGCCUUUCUUCUUGAGGAUGGUAGAGUUUGUAGGAUCGGUUUUUCAGUACAGCCAGACCGAUUGGAAUUGGGGAAACCUGACAAUAAUGAUGGGUCUAAGUUGAAUAGCAACUCCGGGGCAGGGAGGACAUCGAGACCUGGUAGGACGAGUGACUCCCCGUGGUUUCUCUCAGGUUCUGAGACUCUGGGCCGGCUGGCAGGCAACACCCUGGGAAGCCGCUGGAGUUCUGGAGUGGGGGGAAGUGGAGGAGGAUCCUCUGGUCGAUCGUCAGCUGGAGCUCGAGAUUCCCGCCGGCAGACUCGAGUAAUUCGAACUGGACGGGAUCGAGGGUCUGGACUUUUGGGCAGCCAACCCCAGCCAGUUAUUCCAGCAUCUGUGAUUCCAGAGGAGCUGAUUUCACAGGCCCAAGUCGUUUUACAAGGCAAAUCCAGAAGUGUCAUUAUUCGAGAACUUCAGCGAACAAAUCUCGAUGUAAACCUUGCUGUAAAUAAUUUACUUAGCCGGGACGAUGAAGAUGGAGAUGAUGGGGAUGAUACAGCCAGUGAAUCUUACUUGCCUGGAGAGGACCUUAUGUCUCUUCUUGAUGCUGACAUUCAUUCUGCCCACCCAAGUGUCAUUAUUGAUGCAGAUGCCAUGUUUUCUGAAGACAUUAGCUAUUUUGGUUACCCUUCUUUUCGUCGUUCGUCACUUUCCAGGCUAGGCUCAUCUCGAGAGAGAGACUCUGAGCUGUUGCGUGAACGUGAAUCCGUUUUACGUUUACGUGAACGAAGGUGGCUUGAUGGAGCCUCAUUUGAUAAUGAGAGGGGCUCUACCAGCAAGGAAGGAGAGCCAAACUUGGAUAAGAAGAAUACACCUGUUCAAAGUCCAGUAUCUCUAGGAGAAGAUUUACAGUGGUGGCCUGAUAAGGAUGGAACAAAGUUCAUCUGUAUUGGGGCUCUGUAUUCGGAGCUUUUGGCUGUCAGUAGUAAAGGAGAACUCUACCAGUGGAAGUGGAGUGAGUCUGAGCCUUACAGAAAUGCACAGAAUCCUUCCUUACAUCAUCCACGAGCAACGUUUUUGGGGCUAACCAAUGAAAAGAUAGUUCUCCUGUCUGCAAAUAGCAUAAGAGCAACGGUAGCUACAGAAAAUAACAAGGUUGCUACAUGGGUGGAUGAAACUUUAAGUUCUGUGGCUUCUAAAUUAGAGCAUACUGCACAGACCUACUCAGAACUUCAAGGUGAACGGAUUGUUUCUUUACAUUGCUGUGCCCUCUACACCUGUGCACAGCUAGAGAACAAUUUAUAUUGGUGGGGUGUAGUCCCUUUCAGUCAAAGGAAAAAAAUGUUAGAGAAAGCUAGAGCAAAAAACAAAAAGCCCAAAUCUAGUGCUGGUAUUUCUUCAAUGCCAAACAUCACUGUUGGUACCCAGGUAUGCUUAAGAAAUAAUCCUCUCUAUCAUGCUGGAGCGGUUGCAUUUUCAAUUAGUGCUGGGAUUCCUAAAGUUGGUGUCUUAAUGGAAUCAGUUUGGAAUAUGAAUGAUAGCUGUAGAUUUCAACUGCGAUCUCCUGAGAGCUUGAAAAGCAUGGACAAAGCUAGCAAAACCACCGAAGCUAAGCCUGAAAGUAAGCAGGAACCAGUGAAAACGGAAAUGGGUCCUCCGCCCUCUCCAGCCUCCACGUGCAGUGAUGCGUCCUCAAUUGCCAGCAGUGCAUCGAUGCCAUACAAACGACGACGGUCUACCCCUGCCCCCAAAGAGGAGGAAAAGGUGAACGAAGAGCAGUGGUCUCUUCGGGAAGUCGUUUUUGUGGAAGAUGUUAAGAAUGUUCCUGUUGGCAAGGUGCUGAAAGUGGAUGGUGCCUAUGUUGCUGUAAAAUUUCCGGGAACAUCCAGUAAUACAAACUGUCAGAGCAACUCCGGUUCAGACGCUGACCCUUCCUCUCUCCUGCAGGAUUGUCGGUUACUUAGAAUAGAUGAACUGCAGGUUGUCAAAACUGGUGGAACACCAAAAGUUCCUGACUGUUUCCAGAGGACUCCUAAAAAGCUUUGUAUACCUGAAAAAACAGAAAUACUAGCAGUGAAUGUGGAUUCCAAAGGCGUGCAUGCUGUUUUGAAGACUGGAAAUUGGGUACGGUACUGUAUCUUUGAUCUCGCUACAGGAAAAGCAGAACAGGAAAAUAAUUUCCCUACGAGUAGCAUCGCUUUCCUUGGUCAGAACGAGAGGAAUGUAGCCAUUUUCACUGCUGGACAGGAAUCUCCUAUUAUUCUUCGAGAUGGAAAUGGUACUAUCUACCCAAUGGCCAAAGACUGCAUGGGAGGAAUAAGGGAUCCCGACUGGCUUGAUCUUCCACCUAUUAGUAGUCUUGGAAUGGGUGUACAUUCUUUAAUAAAUCUUCCUGCCAAUUCAACAAUCAAAAAGAAAGCUGCUAUUAUCAUCAUGGCUGUAGAGAAACAAACCUUAAUGCAGCACAUCCUACGCUGUGACUAUGAGGCCUGUCGACAAUACCUUAUGAAUCUUGAGCAAGCAGUUGUUUUAGAACAAAAUCUACAGAUGCUGCAGACAUUCAUCAGCCACAGAUGUGAUGGAAAUAGAAAUAUUUUGCAUGCUUGUGUAUCAGUUUGCUUUCCGACCAGCAAUAAGGAAACUAAAGAAGAAGAGGAAGCAGAGCGCUCUGAAAGAAAUACAUUUGCGGAAAGGCUUUCUGCUGUGGAGGCCAUUGCAAAUGCAAUAUCCGUCGUUUCAAGUAAUGGCCCAGGUAAUCGGGCUGGAUCAUCAAGUAGUCGAAGUUUGAGAUUACGGGAAAUGAUGCGGCGUUCCUUGAGAGCGGCUGGUUUGGGUAGACAUGAAGCUGGAGCUUCAUCCAGUGACCACCAAGAUCCAGUCUCACCCCCCAUUGCUCCUCCUAGUUGGGUUCCUGACCCUCCUGCAAUGGAUCCUGCAGCGACUGGCACCGGUCAAGGACCAAGCACCUCCACCAUUCCAGGUCCUUCCACAGAGCCAUCUGUAGUAGAAUCUAAGGAUCGAAAGGCUAACGCUCAUUUUAUAUUAAAAUUGCUAUGUGACAGUGUUGUUCUGCAGCCCUAUCUACGAGAACUCCUCUCUGCCAAGGAUGCAAGAGGUAUGACUCCAUUUAUGUCAGCUGUAAGUGGCCGAGCUUAUCCUGCUGCAAUUACCAUCUUAGAAACAGCCCAGAAAAUUGCAAAAGCUGAAGUAUCCUCAAGUGAAAAAGAGGAAGAUGUAUUUAUGGGAAUGGUUUGCCCAUCAGGUACCAACCCUGAUGACUCUCCUUUGUAUGUCUUAUGUUGUAAUGAUACCUGCAGUUUUACUUGGACUGGAGCAGAGCACAUUAACCAGGAUAUUUUUGAGUGUCGAACUUGUGGCUUGCUGGAGUCGCUCUGUUGUUGUACAGAAUGUGCCAGGGUUUGUCAUAAAGGUCAUGAUUGCAAACUCAAACGGACAUCACCAACAGCCUAUUGUGAUUGUUGGGAGAAAUGUAAAUGUAAAACUCUAAUUGCUGGACAGAAAUCUGCUCGUCUUGAUCUACUUUAUCGCCUGCUUACCGCUACUAAUUUGGUCACGCUGCCAAACAGCAGGGGGGAGCACCUCUUACUCUUUUUAGUGCAGACGGUUGCGAGGCAGACCGUCGAGCAUUGCCAGUACAGACCUCCUCGGAUCCGGGAGGAUCGUAACCGAAAGACAGCCAAUCCUGAAGAUUCAGAUAUGCCUGAUCAUGACUUAGAGCCCCCAAGAUUUGCCCAGCUUGCCUUGGAGCGUGUUCUCCAGGACUGGAAUGCUUUGAAAUCUAUGAUUAUGUUUGGGUCACAGGAGAAUAAAGACCCACUCAGUGCCAGCAGCAGGAUAGGCCAUCUUUUACCAGAAGAGCAAGUAUACCUCAAUCAGCAAAGUGGCACCAUUCGGUUGGACUGUUUCACUCAUUGCCUUAUAGUCAAAUGUACAGCAGAUAUUUUGCUUUUAGAUACUCUACUAGGAACACUAGUGAAAGAACUCCAAAACAAAUACACCCCGGGACGUAGAGAAGAAGCUAUUGCUGUGACAAUGAGGUUUUUGCGAUCAGUUGCACGAGUUUUUGUCAUUCUCAGUGUGGAAAUGGCUUCAUCUAAAAAGAAAAACAACUUUAUUCCACAGCCAAUUGGAAAAUGCAAGCGUGUAUUCCAAGCACUGCUACCUUAUGCAGUAGAAGAAUUGUGCAAUGUAGCCGAAUCACUGAUUGUUCCUGUCAGAAUGGGGAUCGCGCGCCCAACCGCACCCUUUACUCUGGCAAGUACCAGCAUAGAUGCCAUGCAAGGCAGCGAGGAAUUAUUUUCGGUGGAACCACUGCCACCGCGACCAUCAUCUGAUCAGUCUAGCAGCUCCAGCCCGUCUCAGUCGUCCUACAUCAUCCGGAAUCCACAGCAGAGGCGCAUCAGCCAGUCACAGCCUGUUCGGGGCAGAGAUGAAGAACAGGAUGAUAUUGUUUCAGCAGAUGUGGAAGAGGUUGAGGUGGUGGAGGGUGUGGCUGGCGAAGAGGAUCAUCAUGACGAACAGGAAGAACACGGGGAAGAAAAUGCGGAGGCAGAGGGACAGCACGAUGAGCAUGAUGAAGACGGGAGUGACAUGGAGCUGGACUUGUUAGCAGCAGCUGAAACAGAAAGUGACAGUGAAAGUAACCAUAGCAAUCAAGAUAAUGCUAGUGGGCGUAGAAGUGUUGUCACUGCAGCAACUGCCGGCUCAGAAGCAGGUGCGAGCAGUGUUCCUGCCUUCUUUUCCGAAGACGAUUCGCAAUCAAAUGACUCAAGUGAUUCCGAUAGCAGCAGUAGUCAGAGUGACGACAUAGAACAAGAGACUUUUAUGCUUGAUGAGCCACUAGAGCGAACCACCAAUAGCUCCCAUGCCAACGGUGCCGCCCAGGCCCCCCGUUCCAUGCAGUGGGCUGUCCGAAACACCCAGCAUCAGCGGGCAGCUAGCACAGCCCCUUCCAGCACAUCCACGCCUGCAGCAAGUUCAGCAGGUUUGAUUUAUAUCGAUCCUUCAAACUUACGUCGGAGUGGUACCAUCAGCACGAGUGCCGCAGCUGCAGCAGCUGCUUUGGAAGCUAGCAAUGCCAGCAGCUACUUAACGUCUGCAAGCAGUUUAGCCAGGGCUUAUAGCAUCGUCAUCAGACAGAUCUCGGACUUGAUGGGCCUUAUUCCUAAGUAUAAUCACCUAGUAUACUCUCAGAUCCCAGCAGCUGUGAAAUUGACCUACCAGGAUGCCGUGAACUUACAGAACUAUGUAGAAGAAAAGCUUAUUCCCACCUGGAACUGGAUGGUCAGUAUUAUGGAUUCUACUGAAGCUCAGUUGCGUUACGGUUCAGCAUUAGCAUCUGCUGGUGAUCCGGGACACCCAAACCAUCCUCUCCAUGCUUCUCAGAAUUCAGCUCGAAGGGAAAGGAUGACUGCCCGAGAAGAGGCUAGUUUACGAACCCUCGAAGGCAGACGACGUGCCACGUUGCUUAGUGCCCGUCAAGGAAUGAUGUCAGCUCGAGGGGACUUCCUAAAUUAUGCUCUGUCAUUGAUGCGGUCCCAUAACGAUGAGCAUUCUGAUGUUCUUCCAGUUUUGGAUGUUUGCUCAUUGAAGCAUGUGGCAUAUGUUUUUCAAGCCCUUAUAUAUUGGAUUAAAGCAAUGAAUCAGCAGACAACAUUGGAUACACCUCAGCUGGAACGCAAAAGGACACGAGAACUCUUGGAACUGGGUAUUGAUAAUGAAGAUUCAGAACAUGAAAAUGAUGAUGACACCAAUCAAAGUGCUACUUUGAAUGAUAAGGAUGAUGACUCUCUUCCUGCAGAAACUGGCCAAAACCAUCCAUUUUUCCGACGCUCAGACUCCAUGACGUUCCUUGGGUGUAUACCCCCAAAUCCAUUUGAGGUGCCUCUGGCUGAGGCCAUCCCCUUGGCUGAUCAGCCACAUCUGUUGCAGCCAAAUGCUAGAAAGGAGGAUCUUUUUGGCCGCCCAAGUCAGGGACUUUAUUCUUCAUCUGCCAGUAGUGGGAAAUGCUUAAUGGAGGUCACAGUGGAUAGAAACUGCCUUGAGGUCCUUCCAACUAAAAUGUCUUACGCUGCCAAUUUGAAAAAUGUAAUGAACAUGCAAAAUCGGCAAAAAAAGGAAGGGGAAGAACAGAAUGUGGUGCCAGAAGAAGCUGAGAGUUCAAAACCAGGGCCAUCUGCUCAUGAUCUUGCUGCACAAUUGAAAAGCAGUUUACUAGCAGAAAUAGGACUGACUGAAAGUGAAGGGCCACCUCUUACGUCUUUCAGGCCACAGUGUAGCUUCAUGGGAAUGGUCAUUUCCCACGAUAUGCUGCUAGGACGUUGGCGCCUUUCUUUAGAACUAUUCGGCAGGGUAUUCAUGGAAGAUGUUGGAGCAGAACCUGGAUCAAUCCUAACUGAAUUGGGUGGUUUCGAAGUAAAAGAAUCAAAAUUCCGUAGAGAAAUGGAAAAACUAAGAAAUCAACAGUCAAGAGAUUUAUCACUUGAGGUUGAUCGAGAUCGAGAUCUUCUUAUUCAGCAGACCAUGAGGCAACUUAACAAUCACUUUGGUCGAAGAUGUGCAACUACACCUAUGGCUGUACACAGAGUAAAAGUUACAUUUAAGGAUGAACCAGGAGAGGGCAGUGGUGUGGCACGAAGUUUUUAUACAGCCAUUGCACAGGCUUUUUUGUCAAAUGAAAAACUGCCAAAUCUAGAUUGUAUCCAAAAUGCGAACAAAGGCACUCAUACAAGUUUAAUGCAGAGAUUAAGGAACAGAGGCGAGAGGGAUCGGGAAAGGGAGAGAGAAAGGGAAAUGAGGAGGAGUAGUGGCUUGCGGGCAGGUUCUCGGAGAGAUCGGGAUAGGGACUUUCGAAGACAGCUUUCCAUCGACACUAGGCCCUUCAGACCAGCCUCGGAAGGAAAUCCUAGUGAUGAUCCUGAUCCUCUGCCAGCACAUCGUCAGGCACUCGGAGAGAGGCUUUAUCCCCGUGUACAAGCGAUGCAACCAGCGUUUGCAAGUAAAAUCACUGGCAUGCUGUUGGAAUUAUCCCCAGCUCAGCUGCUGCUGCUUCUAGCAAGUGAAGAUUCUCUGAGAGCAAGAGUGGAUGAAGCCAUGGAACUCAUUAUUGCACAUGGACGGGAAAAUGGAGCUGAUAGUAUCCUGGAUCUUGGAUUAUUAGACUCCUCAGAAAAGGUACAGGAAAACCGGAAACGUCAUGGUUCUAGUCGAAGCGUAGUAGAUAUGGAUUUAGAUGAUACAGAUGAUGGUGAUGACAAUGCCCCCUUGUUUUACCAACCGGGAAAAAGAGGAUUUUACACUCCAAGGCCUGGCAAAAACACAGAAGCAAGGUUGAAUUGCUUCAGAAAUAUUGGCAGGAUUCUUGGACUAUGUCUGUUACAGAAUGAGCUAUGUCCUAUCACAUUGAAUAGACAUGUGAUUAAAGUGUUGCUUGGUAGGAAAGUCAAUUGGCAUGAUUUUGCUUUUUUUGACCCUGUGAUGUAUGAGAGUUUGCGGCAACUUAUACUUGCUUCUCAGAGUUCAGAUGCCGAUGCUGUUUUCUCAGCGAUGGAUUUGGCAUUUGCAAUUGACCUGUGUAAAGAAGAGGGUGGAGGACAGGUUGAACUUAUCCCUAAUGGUGUAAAUAUACCAGUCACUCCUCAGAAUGUGUAUGAAUAUGUGCGGAAAUAUGCUGAACACAGAAUGUUGGUGGUUGCAGAACAGCCAUUACAUGCAAUGAGAAAAGGUCUAUUGGAUGUGCUUCCAAAAAAUUCAUUAGAAGAUUUAACAGCAGAAGAUUUUAGGCUUUUGGUAAAUGGCUGUGGUGAAGUUAAUGUGCAGAUGCUGAUCAGUUUCACCUCUUUCAAUGAUGAAUCAGGAGAAAAUGCUGAGAAGCUCUUGCAGUUCAAACGCUGGUUCUGGUCAAUUGUGGAAAAGAUGAGCAUGACAGAACGACAAGAUCUUGUUUACUUUUGGACAUCAAGCCCAUCAUUACCAGCCAGUGAAGAAGGAUUUCAGCCUAUGCCCUCAAUCACAAUAAGACCACCAGAUGACCAACAUCUUCCUACCGCAAACACUUGCAUUUCUCGACUUUACGUCCCACUCUAUUCCUCUAAACAGAUUCUCAAACAGAAAUUGCUACUCGCCAUUAAGACCAAGAAUUUUGGUUUUGUGUAGAGUAUAAAAAGUGUGUAUUGCUGUGUAAUAUUACUAGCUAAUUUUGUAGAUUUUUUUCCAUUUGUCUAUAAAAGUUUAUGAAAGUUAAUGCUGUCACACCCCCUGGUGGUACCUUAAAGAAAUUAAAUGCAAACAUUCCUUGCUGAGUUUGUAGCUUAAAGGCCUAAGGAGCACUAGCAACACUUGACUAUAAUAGUUUGCUAGUCAACAACUUCUGGGUCUAACCCCAGCCAAAGAUGACAGCAGAACAACAUAAUUUACACUGUGAUUUAUCUUUUUGCUGAGGGGAAAAACUGUAAAAUGUUUGAAAAUUCACUGCUGCCUUUGUGGAAAGUGUUUCAGCAAAGGUUCUUGUAUAGAAGGAAUAGGGAAUUUCAAAAUAAAAAAUUAAGUAUGUUCUGUGUUUUCAUUUUAACUUUUUUUAUGGUGUUUAAUUUGUGGUUGGCUGCAAUUGUGUAUCAUGUAUAUGGAACUUGUAAAAAAAAAAGUUCUGGACAUUCAGAUCUUAGAGAUGAAAUCACUUUUACCUAUAAAAACCACUUUUAUUGCGGUUUGACUGCAUUGAGCUCUAGGAUAUUAAAUGAUAUCACUAAUAUUUUGCAUGUAAUUUGUUCAUUUGAGUGAGGGCACUUUUUUGUACAUAUGAUGGGGCCAAUGCACAAUACUUUAUUAUCACAAUCAACUUUUUUUUCUUUGUAAAUCCCUAUUUCAGUGAGCAGUCAGUCAGGAGUACUGCACUUCAGUUCUAACCAGACAUUUGUACUAAGGCAUUUCAGUUAUGUAAACUCAGCCUGGGCACUUUCUGAUAACUGUAAAAUGUUUUAUAAGAUCAUGAUUAUUGAAGAUACAUUUUGGAAAAUUUUAAAUGUUCGUGAGCAGCUUAACUACUUUUGUAUCUAGCCUUUUUUAAGUAUCUUGUUACAUUUACUUUUUUAAAUAAAGAAAUUACAGAAGAAAUGUCA